CCAGCUGAUGGCUCCCCGAGCUUUGCACUCUGUACCUAAACUCUGUCUCCAUGGGGUGCCUCUCUGGGCAGGGGCACCUGAGAUGCUCUGCACCCUGCUGGGCAGACUCCCAACUUGGUGUCUGCAGCUUUGUGCCCUGUUAAUUCCUCCGUGCGGCAGCCUAGCCUCCCAGAAUUGACUGCAUUUCAAGGAACUUCCUGAAGGGGGCAGUUUGUGCAUCCUUUGGGAGUACUUGAGGCGUGAUACAGAGGGCUCUGUACAGUAGAACAUGCCAGACUCGGAACUGCUCAUCCCUCAAAGCUGAGCAUCAGAACUAGGGCGUUUCUGAAAUAAGAGUGGCCCCCCCACACAUCUAGCAGCACAGAUGCCUUUCUCCCUCGUCUUAGGAGACCGAGAGCAGUGGGAAAAAGGCUUGGAGCAAUGGAGAAACCAAUCUGAUUUUUCUUUAAGAUUUAUCUAUUUAUUUUAGAGGGGAGAAGGGGCAGAGGGAGAAGGAGAGAGAGAAUCUCAGGCAGACUCCCGCUGAGCACAGAGCUUGACGUGGGGCUCGAUCUCACGACUCGGAUCCAAAAUCAAUAGCCAGAUACUCAACCGACUGAGCCACCCAGGCGCCUUCCCCCCAUCCCCCCCGACCCCCGCCAAAUCUGAUUUUUUUUUAAGGUAACUGUAGUUCAGUACUCAAAUGAGAUUCACUUUGAGGGCAUUCAUCAUCUCUGGGAUCUGCCGAGAAGACCUGAGCUGCAGGUGGGCCCUGCAUGAAGUAGGAAGGAAGCCACAUGAGAGCGCCCACAGCUCAAGGGCGAUUUGGGUCCCCACGUGUGUCACCUCACGACCUGCAUUCCUGUCUUGGGUGCACCAAUCUCUCACCCAAGGAAAGGAGUGGGGUGAAUGGGCCUCUCUGCCAAGCAAGCAGUCGCCUGCCAGCCUCACCAUUUCUAAACAUCUCCGAACAGCCCCCACCCCAGACCCAGGAGCCCACUCCCAGAGGGAAAAUAAUGAACUCCAUCAGGCCCCCUCUGUAAGCAGCAGAGCCUCUGCCGGGAACACGGGCAUGUGUUUGAGGCAGUCAUUCAGGGCCACCUUAGCCACGGGGGGGCAGCGACAGAGUGGGUCCCUGCUCCAAAGCUGACUCAUCUCCUAAACUCUGCUGUUUGGUGCGUUUUCCCUCUUCCAAAGCUUCAAGGUCUCAGAUUUCAGAGCCGCGGGGGCAAUAUCGCUGCCUCUUGGCUCUAAACUGCUGAUGUAACAACACUCAGGGCGCCUUGUGUGCCCACGACAGGUAUAUCCAGAUCCGGAGCAUUUCCCUUCCUUUCUUCUCUCUUUCAAAUGUCUAUUUUCCCCCUUCCAAAGUGCACUGAUUGCUCAGCAUGGAGGCCAGCAAACUACCACCACCGGCGAGCCUCAUCUGACCUGCUGCCGUGUAUAGCUGCCUAAAAGGAUGUGGAGAAAUUGGAACCCUUUACGCUAUCGGUGGGAAUGCAAAAUGGGGCAGCUGCUGUAGAAAAAGGUCGGCUGACAUGGGCCUGCCCAGGGGUGAUGGCUGUUCUGCCAGACAACAGAGCUGCCCAAGGCCAUUGCAAGCAUGCAGGCCUUCUGAGUGCAGCUGCCGGGACCAUGGAGAUCGUGUACGUGUAUGUGAAGAAGCGAAGCGAGUUCGGGAAGCAAUGCAACUUCUCCGACCGCCAGGCGGAGCUGAACAUCGACAUCCCGCCCAACCCCGAGCUGGCCGAGCAGUUUGUGGAGCGGAACCCGGUGGACACGGGCAUCCAGUGCUCCACUAGCAUGUCAGAACACGAGGCCAACACGGAGCGGUUUGAGAUGGAGACCCGGGGGAUUAACCAUGUUGAGGGCGGCUGGCCCAAGGAUGUGAACCCCCUGGAGCUGGAGCAGACGAUCCGGUUCCGGAAGAAGGUGGAGAAGGAUGAGAACUACGUCAACGCCAUCAUGCAGCUUGGCUCGAUCAUGGAGCACUGCAUCAAGCAGAAUAAUGCCAUAGACAUCUACCAGGAGUAUUUUGAUGACGAGGAUGCGGUGGAGGUGACAGAGGAGGCCCCUUCAGCUAAAACCAUCAAUGUUUUCAGGGAUCCCCAGGAGAUCAAGCGGUCAGCCACACACCUCUCCUGGCACCCUGAUGGCAACAGAAAGUUGGCGGUGGCAUAUUCUUGCCUGAAUUUUCAACGGGCGCCUGAGGGCAUGAGCCACGAAUCGUACAUCUGGGACCUGGAAAACCCCAACAGGCCUGAAAUUGUCCUGAAGCCAUCUUCUUCUCUUGUCACCUUGGAGUACAACCCCAAAGAUUCCCACGUGCUUCUGGGAGGCUGCUACAAUGGGCAGCUUGCCUGUUGGGACACCCGCAAGGGCAGCCUGGUGGCGGAGCUGUCCACCAUUGAGUUCAGCCAUCGAGACCCUGUGUAUGGUUCCAUCUGGCUGCAAUCGAAGACGGGCACUGAGUGCUUCUCGGCAUCCACAGACGGGCAGGUCAUGUGGUGGGAUAUCCGAAAGAUGAGCGAACCCACCGAGGUGGUGAUCCUGGACAUUACCAGAAAGGAGCAGUUGGAGAGCGCCUUGGGGGCCAUCUCCCUGGAGUUCGAGUCUACUUUGCCAACCAAGUUCAUGGUGGGCACCGAGCAGGGCAUUGUCAUCUCUUGCAAUCGUAAGGCCAAGACGUCAGCUGAGAAGAUCGUGUGCACCUUCCCAGGCCACCAUGGCCCCAUCUAUGCCCUGCAGAGAAAUCCGUUCUACCCGAAGAACUUCCUGACCGUCGGUGACUGGACCACCCGCAUCUGGUCCGAGGACAGCCGGGAGUCGUCCAUCAUGUGGACCAAGUACCACAUGGCUUACCUCACCGACGGCGCCUGGAGCCCAGUGAGGCCGGCGGUUUUCUUCACCACCAAAAUGGACGGGACCCUGGACAUCUGGGACUUUGUGUUCAAGCAGUGUGACCCUGCCCUCAGCCUGAAGGUGUGUGACGAGGCCCUGUUCUGCCUCCGGGUGCAGGACAACGGGUGUUUCAUCGCCUGCGGUUCUCAGCUGGGGACCACCACGCUGCUGGAGGUCUCCAAUGGGCUGUGCACGCUCCAGAGGAACGAGAAGAACACAGCUUCUUCAAUAUUUGAGCGGGAGACCCGGCGGGAGAAGAUUCUGGAGGCCAGGCACCGGGAGAUGCGGCUGAAGGAGAAGGGCAAGGUGGAGGGCAAGGACGAUGACCAGAGGGAGGAGGAGACCACCCUCAACCUUGAGGAGCUGGUCACCAAGGCCGAGGAGGAGUUCUUCGACAUCAUCUUUGCGGAGCUGAAGAAGAAGGAGGCAGAAGCCAUGAAGAAGAAGCCAAAGCCUAAACAUCAGGAUCUGGAGACAGAUGAGGAGGUGGAAGGAGAAGACCAAGGGGAGGAAGAAGGUGACCAUGCCGAGACUCCGACCUAGAAGGGUCAGGUCGGCCUUGCCGCGGACCCACUUGCUCUGCACCUCUGUUUCCCACCUCCUGGUACGGCGCUGUCUUCGCAAGUAGGCGCUGAGCAACCCCCUUAAAGUGUCAGCAGAGGUAGGGCUGGGCAAGCAGAGGGUCCCUGACCCGACCCGAUGCCCCACAAAGGGCUGGCCUCCACUGACUCACUGAGCCCAGUCCCAACGGACCCGUUGGAGGGAGGGAAGGGGCAGGGCUCAUGCCCCAGCUGGGGACCCCUCCUCUCAGCCAGCCGAGCACACCCCGCCAUUCAGCCUGGCCCUGCAUGUUCCCUUGGGUUCAGCUUCCCCAGGGCUUUUCGGGCAAUCAUUUUCCUGCAAAGCCCGCAGAGCCUCCAACUGGACUUGCCUCAGCCUUGGCGGGGCCUCAGAAAGACCGGUGCGCGGGGAGAGGGGCUUCUCCUCCUCCCAUCCUGACCCUCCCCUCCACAUUACAACUCAGAGACACAGUCCGUCCGCUUCUAAAAUGUCUCUGGGCAAACCCCCACCCCGACCCCCAGGCACUUUUACCUCUGAGAGGAGAUGCACGAACGAGGUUGAUUAUUCUUGUACGCCUGCAAGCUUUCUGCUCUCUUAAUUCUUACAAAAUUCAAUUAAUAAUAAUGGUGCUAACACUGAGUGCUUAUUGUACAUCCUGUGCCGAGAGCUUUCCGUGUUAUCUAAUUCUUUGUGCAGAAUCUCUGGAAGGUUUGUUCUCUGAUUGUCCUUACUCUCCAGAGGAACAGUCGGAUUCCGGGAGAAAUGUGGGGACUGGCCCGGGUCACAGAGCUAGCGCAGGGCAGAGCAGGGACAGGAGUCCAGACAGCUCCGUCUCCGCCCGGCACAGCGGGCACCUGCAGGGCCCCUGGGGACACCAGGAACUGUGGUGCAGCAGAGCACUCCGCAACCAUUACCAGAGACAUCCGUAGCCAGGAGGGCACCUCAGAACCAGCUUUGCACCUGAAGUUCCCCAACCACCAUUCAUUCUGUGGGUGUCGGAUGGUGCUAACAGGGACCCAAAGUGCCCCAUAAAAAACUGCCCUUGUUAAGAAUCUUACUGGGGAGGGACGCAGGGCCAGCCACCCUUUGUGACCAAAGGAAAAACAAACAUUAAGUUGCCACUGUGGCCAGACCCUGAUAGAAUAAUCCUCGUGGGACAUAUUUAUCGAAUGCCUGAUCUUCCCAACAGCCCCAGAAGGAGCGCUGUCCCCAUCUUCAAUCCCCAAGUCACCGAGGCACCAGGUGAGGCACAGAGAGAGGGAGCAAUGCCCGAAUCCCAGGAAGAAGAGUGGGCCGGCCGAGUUUCUGCCCCCUGCCCGGCAUUGCCAUCCGAGCAGAGGGUGCCCACACACCUCGUGUCUCGCUCUGUACCAUCUCCUGUGACAGGGGCCUCACUGUGUGAGGACACGGGAAGCCUGGAGAGCAGUGGUUCCAACUGGGGGUGAUUUUGCCCCCAACAGGACAUUUGGCAAUGCCUGGGCACAUUUCGGACUGACGUAACUGGUGGAGGGGUGCACCUGGCUUCCGGUGGGUAGACAGAGGCCAGGCAUGUUUUCCAACAUCUUGCUGUGCACAGGACAGGCCUCACUGCAGAGAAUGAUCCGGCCCAAAUGUCAAUAGUGCUGAGUUUGAGAAACCCUGACUUAGAGGAAAAAAAUUUAUCCAAAUGAAAUGUCCAGGGAGAAAGUCACAACUCCCUGUCACAUCAGCCCAGGCACACUGCCAACCCCUUGAUGAGUGGCUGGGACAAGGAGCUCCAAGGGAGAACAUUCUUUUAUAUAAUAGGAUUUGGGCCUUUGGCCUGUGCUUGCAAAGGUGGACCACCUCCUGGGGCCUAAAAACACCUUAGCUGUGGGUACAGAGAGCACCCUGAGGCAGCGAUGGUAUUUGGGGAGUGGGCAUGGCCGAGGACAGGACAGCCACCAACACCACUGGGCAGAGGGCAAUGGGAACUUUGUGGAGGCGAUGCCCAGCCCUGCCUGUCCUCACGGCCAUGAACUUUACCUCCUCGUAAACCAGCCUCACCCAGAACCCAUUGCUUAGUCUCUUGCAAGGGGAGCAACACGAAACCACAAAGCAUCACUGGACAACCAGAGGCUGCUGGAAAAACCCAUCUCCAUGGGCACAGAAUGCAAAACGUCGUUGACGGGCCUGGGUGCAGGAAGUGGGGAAGGGUGGCCAGACCCCAGGGUCCAUGGCACAGUGAAGUCCCUCCCGUCAGUCGGUACACACCUGUGCUCCUUCUCUGGGUCCUGUUCUGCUCAGCUGAUGUGAUUGAUAGAUACACCGCUUAGCUGAUGAUGCUCCGGCCCGCAGCUGUGACAGCCCAGCAGGCUACAGGGGACGGCACUGUCCCACAUUCGCUUCUGACUACUAUGGGGUAUGAUGGGCCCCCUCACCCUUCAUUAGAGGCCCCUGGGGUGACACUGACUGUCAGGCGAGGCAAAGGUGACUACUGGUCACCCCCAGGGUCAGACCAGCACCCCCUUUGGUUCUUCCCUGGCUCUCAGAACCAGAGACCCAGCAGCUGGCACCUCCAUGUGCUAAGGGCCUGCGGGAUGGAAACAACACGGUGGACAGAGGCAGGGCUCUAUGGAGCUCACCGGCAGGCGGAAAGGGCUGGGUUCCAAGGUCUGCACCCAGCACCGUGCUAGGUACCAACCACAGAGCGGCGAGCAAGCCAACGCCGACUCUGCUCUCCGGGAGCCCGUAUGUCCACGGGAGAGACAAGAGCGGACAGGUACACAGGGAAAUAUAGAAACAUGGUUGCACAGAGUGACAUCUUCCAGGAAGUACAGGGUGCUCUGAGGGGGAUGAGAGCGGGAAGGACUUCUUAAGAGGAAAACCCUCGGGCGCCUGGGUGGCUCAGUCGUUAGGCGUCUGCCUUCGGCUCAGGUCAUGAUCCCAGGGUCCUGGGAUCGAGUCCCACAUCGGGCUCCCUGCUCGGCAGGAAGCCUGCUUCUCCCUCUCCCACUCCCCCUGCUUGUGUUCCUGCUCUCGUUAUCUCUC